CUUACGGGCUGGCUUCCUUUUCCCCUUUUUUGCUGCCAACCGCGCCGCUUGGCGCUAGGUACAAAUGGGGGAAUCGGAAGUUCUCGGAAAGGGCGGCUUGCAUUUUGACGCUGCUAGUCGUACACGGUAACAAAAGAGAGAAAAAAACACAACAGGCCACGAGAGAUGCGGGAUCCUGCAGGGGAAAUCGGCUGGGUCGUUACUGUUGGACAGCCCACUUUGGAGCCACUAAGCCCAGGAGUCGCGAGUGUUUUGGAGGGCGAGAAGAACAAGGAAGGAAACAGCCCAUUGGCCAUGGAGGCAAUUUAUCUAGAUGAACAACUUCCCUUGAAUGCUGAAAAUUCAUUUAAAAAACACGAGAGCAACAAGAAAGGAGCACUUACAGAUAUUGAAAAGCUUUAUCAAGCAGUACCUCAGCUUGCAAAUGUGUUCAGAAUCAAAGGGAAAAUUGGCGAAGGAACAUUUAGUUCUGUUUACCUGGCAGUAGGCCAGUUACGAGGAGGCCGUGAAGAAAAAGUGGCUUUGAAAUACUUGAUUCCUACCAGUCAUCCUGUACGAAUUGCUGCGGAGCUUCAGUGUCUUAUAAUAGCAGGAGGACAAGAUAAUGUCAUGGGAGUUAAAUAUUGUUUUAGAAAAAAUGAUCACGUGGUAAUCGUUAUGCCUUAUCUGGAACAUGAAUCAUUUUCGGACAUCUUGGAUUCUCUCUCAUUUGAAGAAGUAAGAAACUACAUGUUUAACCUCUUGAAAGCUUUGAAGCGCAUUCAUCACUUUGGUAUCGUUCAUCGUGAUGUCAAGCCCAGUAAUUUCCUGUACAACAGGCAACUGCAGCAAUAUGCCUUGGUUGACUUUGGCUUGGCACAAGGAACUCCUGAGACAAAAGUGGAACUGCUCAAGGUUAUUCCAUCCGAAACUCAGCAAAGGAUUUCUGCAUACAAUAAACCGCCACUAACUGUGGGAAGCCAAGUUACUUCCCCAACAUCAAGGCAGCUCGUUCAUCAACCAGCUACAAAAACAGCUAAUAAAAGGCUUUCUUCCAUUUCACAAACACAGAUUAAACAUGGACACAAAAGAAAGGAGGAUCCAGACUGUCAUUGUGUUCAGCGUUCGGUUUUUGGGGAGAAAAAUUUCAACGUACGAAGCUCAGCAUUUCAAGCCCGUUCCACAGUUAAACAACCCAGGAUAAUGGAUAUUCCAGUCAGGAAACUGUCAGUGAAGAAGAAGGCAACUUCUGUUGUAAAUAAUGGUUUAGGCAAGAAAGCUGCCAGUGGUACCCCACCUCACUUGAUCUGUGACUGUUACGCAAAAGAUAGCGUCUGCACCGUUUGUCUUUCAAGACGUCAGCAGGUUGCCCCGAGGGCAGGUACUCCUGGAUUCAGAGCACCAGAAGUAUUAACAAAGUGCCCUAAUCAAACCACAGCAAUUGACAUGUGGUCUGCAGGAAUUAUAUUUCUCUCCCUGUUGAGUGGUCGGUAUCCAUUUUACAGGGCUAGUGAUGAUUUAACAGCUUUGGCACAGAUCAUGACUAUUCGUGGCUCCAGAGAAACCAUUCAAGCUGCUAGAACAUUUGGUAAAUCAAUCCUGUGCAGCAAAGAAAUCCCAGCACAGGAUUUAAAGAAACUCUGUGAAAGGCUGAGGGGGAAAACUACCAGCUUUGACAACUCAGCAGGUGAUGUACAGAUGAACCCUUCUCAGGAAUUUUCUUUAUCAGUUGGAAUAGGCAACGUGUCAGAUUCUGCCCUUCAGGCAUCCAAAAAACACAUGCAGUAUCAAAAACAAAGCACUCACGAAGAUGGUGGUAAAGAAAAGAAAACUAUACAAAAGCCAUCUGAUCCCAAAGGAUGGGACAGAGUUCCUAACAGCGCCUAUGAUCUCCUUGAUAAACUAUUGGACUUAAACCCUGCUACAAGAAUUACUGCAAAGGAUGCUUUGCAGCAUUCCUUUUUCAGAAACGUGAAGCAAUAAAAAGACCUUUGACACUCUAUUGUGUGUGUGUGUGUGUUAAAGUAUUAUUAGAGUUGGUUGCUCUUUAAAAUGAAACCAAAAAUCUGAGAAAUGUUAUUUCCAGAGCAGUGUUGAUCUAGAUCUAGUUAAAGUAGUAAAUAUACUUCUGUUUUUCGGACAGGUUUUUAAAAAAUUUCAAAGUGCAUUCGAUUGUUUCACCACUUUGUGAUGUACUCAGAAAGGGCAACAUAAAAUCUGUAUAACGGGAUUGAAAUCUGAGAAGGCUUCCUUUUUGCUCUGUCCUUGGGUUUUAGCAAUCCUAUUAUAUCAUGCAGCUUCCUAAUAGUUGGUUUAAAUUUGGCUGGGGGCAGAUACAAUAAAUGAAUUAUUCUGGUAGGCAAUGAGUUAAUUAUUUAUAUAUUUUAGUUUCACAGAUCUGGGGGGAUUGAUCAUUAUGAUUUGUUACUUCUGCUACUUGUUGACAAAUGCUUACCUGGUUUGUUUUUAGCAGGGGAAAAGCAACAUUCAUUGUAAGAUACAUGUACAUGUAGCUCCUCUGACAGCAUUGCUGGUGGGGAAUUCUGACAAUUUAAUCUUAAUAUAGUAGAUGAUGUAUAUUGGUAAAAGUGAACUUAAGGCAUUGCUCAAGAAUUUAUAUUUUAUGAGGAGUAUUGAAAACACUGAUUCUGAGGACCUGGAACUUUUUCCUCUUAAAAGCAUAUAAUAUCAUUUACUUUCUAUUUCAUAUGCCUUUGGAACUGUUAUCUUUUCAUUGUAUAGACUACAAUAUCUUUUUCUUGUAAAAACAAUGUACAUAUACAGCAUUAGCUUGUUGAUCGGUAUGUAUCGCUGUGUUAUAAUUUUGUGAUGAAUUUAUGGGAAUGUCCAAAAUAAAAUCAUAUUUUUUUUAUAAAAAUAAAAGCCAUU